AUGAGGUCAUCGCAAGGACUAGCUCCCAUACAGCAAGGCAAACCUCCUAUAGUGCUCGAGGAGGAGGUUGACGAAAAUUAUGAACCUACACAGGAGGAGAUCCUCGAGUACGCCGAGUGGAUCGGCAUGGACGUCGCUGUAGAUAAAGACCUUUUCUGGAUCGCAAAAGAGGGCUUGAAGGCCCCUCUGCCGGCCCCUUGGAAGCCCUGCCAGACUGGGGAAGGGGAUAUAUUCUACUUCAACUUUGAGACUGGACAAAGCGUCUGGGACCACCCAUGUGAUGAAUAUUAUAAGAACCUCUUCAGUGAGCACAAGCAGAGGAAGGUCACCAGUGAUGAACGGAAGAUUGACGGCAAUGAGCAAGCAACGACCGGGAAGGAGAAGAAGCACAGGGAGUCCAGUGUUGGUGGAGAAGGGACUAUUGGAUUAUCCUCGCCAUCGUUGCCUCUCGGUGGUGGUGGGAAGCCUCGCGUCGUUCCGCCACUACUGCCUGGUCUUGAAGACCUCAAAAGGCCCUCACUGGACAUCCCCACGGCCCGGGAUGCUAUUGGAAGGUCACCACCCUUCACACACGACUUGGAUCAUGCUAGAGAGGCGUCCAGUAUGCACGCUGAGAAUGGUAGAGAGCUCGCCGCGCUCGAGGAGAAGCACGCUGCUGCUGUGGUCGCGAUGAAAGCGGAUCAGGAGAGGAUUGUAAACAAUACACGAGCAGAGUUUAAUCGACUUGUGUCGCAACUGAGAGAAACUCACGAGAAGGAAAAGAAGAAACUACUGAUGGACUUUGAAAGCGAGAUGCGUUCAGAGAAGAAGAGGCUGGAGGAGCAGCUCGGGAGGGAGAGGGCGCGGCUGGAGCAGGAGCUACGUAGAGCUGUCGAAGAGGAAGUGGAGGGGCAGCGAGAGAGUCUGAUGAAGGCAGCCCAGGAGCGGAUGGAGAGGGAGGUGCUCGAGAAUGAACGAUCCUGUCGGGAGGCGGAGCUCUCUGUUAUCAACGGCGAUCAUGCCAAGGAGAUAGAGCGGCUGGUGGAAGAACACUGCACGGCGGUUCGUGAACUACGACAGCAGCAGGAAGAGGAGAUACAACGUGUCAGGAAGGAGCAUCAGCGUGUGCUCAGUACAGUACAAGCGGACGAGGAACGACAGCGUACGUCAACUGCUGGGGAGGAAGUGGAUCGUCGAGAUAUCGAAUCUCGCAUAGAGCGGGAACUUCGACCUGAAAUGGAGCGACGCCUUCGGCUGGAAAUGGCAUGCAAAGUUGAAGCGGAGGUUCGGCCGGUGAUUGAGCGAGAUGUGCGCCAGGAGGUGGAGGAGGCUAAUGCUUGUCGGAGAGAGGAAAUCGAGAGUGAACUAAGGCACGAAAUCGAGUUGGAACUGAAGCAAAGUGGGGAUGUUAUUGAGGCGGUAAGACAAGACCUCCGCUGUGAACUUCGUGGUCCAAUAGAAGAGGAGCUCCGUGCAGCUCUAGAAGCCCAGCUGAGAGAAGAUAUACGGCGAGACCUCGAGAGUGAGAUGAAGUCGUUGAGAACGGAGUUUGAGAAGGAGGUCCAAGCCACUGUGGGAGAGGGGGCGCUCUCUUUGCGAGGAAGUUCGGUCCUUCUGGAUCUGCCCGACCUGUCCGCGAUAAGCAAUUAUGAAGGGCAGAGAGAGUCUCGCGUGAGUGGGGACUUUGAGGGGAUACUUCGAAUCCUAGGGGAAAGGCAGAGGCAACUCGAGACGCGCGAAAAUGAUGCCGCAGAGGCGCUGUCUGAGAAGGAGGAGAGGAUUGCUGCAGCGCUACGACGGCUUCAUGAGACUCGAGAGCAGCUCACAGUGACCGAGGCUGAUGCCACUGAGAAGGGGCAUGAGAUAGCUAGAUUGAGACGUGAGCUGAGCAGUCGGGAGAAGAUGACGACAGCGCUGAGGGACCAGGUUACGUUAUUGGAGGCUGAGGUGGAGACCGAGAAGAGGAAUGCUCAAGCGAGCGGGUCGGAAGCUAUGCGAGAGGUGAGAAGACGCCAAAGGCUUUUGGAUGAACGCGAGACUGAGUUGGAGGUGAAGGAGAUCAGGCAAGGUGAGGUCAUGGCUCACCUGAGGGCCAGAGAGGCAGCUUUGAUCACUGAGAAGAAGCGCCUCCAAGAUGAUGCGAAUAAACUGGAGGCUGAGGCGGCGGAGAUCGCAACAAUGCAGCAGACGCUGAAGAGUAUAACUCAUGAAGUUAAGCACGCACAGGAGAUUUACUCGCCACCAGGGGUAAGGGAACCUCCGAUGACCUCGAGGCCAGCUACUGAUGAAGUUAUUAUGACGGAACUGGGUGAAAUCAAAUCGGCCAUAGUUCAGUUGUCAGCUCGGGGCGCUAGACCGUUCGGAACACGCAACAGUUCCUCACACAUGCGCUCGGACAAGGCGACCGAUAGUGAUACUGCUCCGGAAAGUUGCAAGGAGAAAGAGGAUGGGUUCAUCCAUUGGUUAUGCGCUGAGAGAGAGGCAAUAGAAGCUGCUAAGAAGCGAGUUGCUGCAGAGCAUGCUAUGUGCAGGGCGGAGAGAUCUCGACUUGAGAUGGAGAGGCAAAUAUGGAGGGAUCGAAUGAGAGAGGCGAAGCGUAACGGAGACCACAGGGCUAAGGGGGAGCUGAUGCGAGCCAAGUCGGCGCUGGAUGCUCGAGCAGCGGAGUACAACGUGUCUGUUGCGGAGUCCCAGGUGGAGUCGGGCAAACUGGAGGAGAGGGAGCGAGCGCUGGAGAAGUAUUCGGCCUCUCGCAUGUACAGAGAGAAGCGGCUGAAUCAGAACAGACACUAUUGGGGGAGAAUUCCGCCACCGUUGCCUUUCGGCUCUGAAUGAGCAGAGUACAGUAUACCACAAUUGAAGCAUUGAUAGCAUUAUAAUUCUAAUACAUGCGUUUAUUAUUGG